GGGAACUACUUUCCAAAAUAUCCUUCCAUUGUGUGCUUCGCAUUUCCUGUCUUGUGGUAAAACAUCUCGAUGUGUUAGUUCUGAUAUCUAUGAAUAUUAUUGUACUGUGGUCGAAUAGAAAGGCCCUUUCAGAAAGAUGAGCAGACAAAGAUGAUAGAGGGGUCAACCGAUGAUGGGGACUACCUCGUGCAAGUUUCUGCACAGGUGAUGACUCGUGAUGACUCGACAGGGGGAUGGGUACCCAUGGGAGGUGGUGGGCUCAGCAAGGUCAAACUAUGCAAGUUGACCCCUUUAGAGACGAGUGGUGGUGGUGAUGGCAGCAACAACAAUGAGGACCGGCAGCAGCAGUUGUCGCCGGACAAUUACAAACUCAAGCCGGAGUAUGUUAUUCAUGGAGAAAGGAUAGCCGAUAAUACGGUUAUCCUUGACUGCCGUCUGAAGAAAGAUAUCCAGUACACAAAGGCCAACCCCAAGUGGCAUCACUGGAAGACAGACGAGAAGAGGUACGGUCUUACUUUCGAGCGCUCAGAGGAUGCUCGGGCUUUCGACCAAGGCAUUCGGAUCGCUGUAGCAGAUCUCACAGAAGGGAUGAGUGAUGGAAUCGCACCAGUUGAUGGAGACGAAGGGAUUUUUGCGUACAUGGAAUUGCCUUUGACUCGUAAGGACAGCUCAUCUCGCUCUGCAUCAACCACGUCAACCACUACCAGCAGCCCUGGGACCAACUCACCACAAUCACCACUUAACAACAACGAUCCGUUCAGCUUCACCCACCCCCACAACCACCUGCAUCGUGUCCACUACAUCUCCACGGAGCGCACGUCGGGCCGAAACCUUCACACAAAUGGCGGCGGUGGCGUCAUGGUGCACCAGCACCAGCCACAGCAGCAGCAGCAGCUCUUGUGGCACCAUCAUCCUCAUCCCCACCACCAUCAUCCCCACGCCCACCACCACCACCAUCACCAUCAUCAUCACCCCCAGCACGUUGUCCCCCAGUACCAGUGCCAGCCCGGAUCACCCAUCAGUGAAAAGAGCAGUCCGCACAAAUCUAGUUUUGACUCUAGCUCGGGCCAGGAGGAUGUGUGGGUCCGCUCCUCGCUCGACCCCUCCUCCAUUAGUGGCAAAUCCGAUCAGGGUUUGUUAGACUGUGGUGGGAACGGGGACAGGGAGCACAGAGACUUGUACAAAGAGGAAUCUUACGUCGUUUUCAACAAGAACAAGGCUGGAACGCCACACGAGUACAGCUACCCCAACUUGGAACCCGCACAAAAGCCGCCGGCCCAGCGCAGCAGCACAAAGAAAGCCCUGAGCUCAUCGGCAUGCCACACGACACAGCCUUACCCCCCAUUACCAAUCAAAAACCCAAAGUCAAAAAGCAAGGGUGUUGGCGGUGGUGGGGGCGGCGGUGGAGGAGGAGGAGAAGGGGGCAAGCUGCAUGGUCAGUCGGGGGCCCGGUCCCGUCUGGUCUCCCCUCAGGUGCAGUGCAAGAACUGCCGGGAACUGUUCUCCGUGGACAACAACCCUCGAGGCUCGUGCGAAGACGCGCCCGAUUCGGUGGCGCGCUGCAUCGAGUGUGUGUCGUGCGUGUCGUGCACCUCCUGCCUCAUGUACCACUGCUUUGCCGACGCGGACGGCGAGUUCCGGCACCCGUGCUCGUGCGAGACUGGCGACCCCAACCAAUGCAAGCGUUGGACCGCCUUGACAUUCUUGUCGCUGCUUUUCCCCUGUUUAUGGUGCUACCUUCCCCUCAAAGCCUGCCACCACUGCGGGACCAUGUGCGGUGUCUGCGGUGGACGUCAUAAGGCAGCAUGAUCCUCACUCUCUUCUCUGUGUUUGGAAAGAAAGGAAUGUUCUAGUGAUGUUGGGGGGGUUGUUUUUGUUUCGUUUUUUUUUUGCUGGCGAUUGUUUUUUCGCCAUCUCCCAUCUUCAUUUUCAGGUAUAUAUAUAUGUGCCACACGCAUACACAUGGAGAGGAAAGUUUCUUUCUGUUUUUCUGGGUUUUUUUUCCUUCAGUUUUUGUGUUCAACUCCUGCAAUGAAGCCAUGUUUCAGUUUCAGUUUUUUAGAGGAGUGUCCAGUCUUACAUGUACAUGAAUAUCGUCAUGGAUUCUCCAGUAGCUUCUUGAUUGUGGCAGAUCUUUUGCAAAAUCUAGGUCUUUUUAUUUCGAUUAUCUUUUAAGGGUUCCUGGUUAGCAUGGAAGAGAUAGUGAUUUAUUACAAGUUGUUUUUUUAAUGAUAUUUUGAUGAGGGGUUUUUUUUUAAAUUUUGGAAGAAUGUUUAUUCGCUUUUUGCUUGUUAUACACAUGUUUAAAGGAAUGAAUGUGACACUUUUUCUUUGUAAGUCUUACAGUAGUCAGUCUUUUUGUGGUUCUCUAGUUUAUUCUUGUCUGAACCAAUUUUAUUUUCUAUGGGCGCAGGUCGCUGAGUAAUUGUUGGUAGCCAAUGUGACAAACAAGCUAAAGGUACAACACUGUACGCCUUACAAAAUCCCUUAGCAAGUCUGUCAUAAUUCGUUUACUCGUUGCGUCUUUUUCCGCUGGAGGGGUCACAGUGAGUGGUACAUCGAGGUGUAAGUUGACGACAAGAGAAAACAAAUCGGGGAUGAGAGCAAUUGGGAAUUAUGUGAAAGAAAGAGAUCAUAAUGCUGUGGAUACUCCUCUGUCACAGAACAGUCUUCUGUCUUAAAAUAAUUAACACUGUUGAUGAGGCCACUGAUCUAUUUAAGAAAAUAAACGAGUAAUUUGUGUGAAAGCUGAAAAAUAUGAAGGCAUCUUUUAGGACCUUGUAAUGGUUGAUAACUUUUACUCAUCAAUUUACUUACUUUGAAUUUUUUAAAAAAUCUUAUUAUUAAUCAUUAGAAAACGGCAAUAUCUUUUUCCAUGGGCUUUAUGUUUUCUGCAACAUAGUUGAAAUUGUGCCUCAUUGAAUUUUAAAGAGGACCUCCAAAACUUCAAUUUUGUGUGGCUGUUUUUUUUUCAAGAUCUAAAUGUUAAAAAACAAACAUCAGCAGAUCUGAAUGAUCAAGUUGGGGUAUUGUAGAGGUUUAGGUUUAGAAUUUCUCAUGUGUCAGAAAUGGGUUAACUUGUCUGAGAAUUAAUUCACCUGUGUGUGUUCGUGUAACAGAGAAAGAGAAUAAGUCUCGUUUGUGAGCUAGGCUUGGACCGUUUCUACACUUUUUUUUUUCUUUCUCUAUUCUGUUCUAAGGACUUUUUAGAAGACUUUGAAAUGAAAGUUGUUAUGAGCGUGUUUACAUAAAAGGUUACUGUACAUAAGAUUUCUUCACUUGGCAUCCAGUACUUUUGUCUGUUGUGAAGAAACCUAUUUUGAAAUGGUACUUUAAUGCCUGUUUGUGGAUAUGUGUGGACUUUCAUGUUCAUGCUUGUGUGGUUAGUUCUUAACAGUGCCAAGGGAAAGGAACUAUUAUAUGUCAAGUCUUUCAAUCCAUUCAACAGGAAGAAAAGCUGCUCCUAACUCCAGAUUUCUUUUUAUGUAAGGAUAAUUUGAAACAAUGUGUUCUCUCUGUGUACAAGUUUUAACCGCCAUCCAUUGUGCAACUUAAUUAUCCGAGAAAGGUCUUAUAGAAGCAAUCUCAGCUAGUCGGACUUGUAUUGAGGAGAGUAGAAGCUUCACAAGAGUUUCUCCCUUUUUGCCAGGUUCGUGUGUAUUGCAGUCGACUCGGGUAGUAGCGUGUAUGUGGGUGGUAUGAUUUGAUUUCAGUUUGAACUGAUAUCAUGUAUUGCAAGUAAGAUAAUGUUACAUUUACAAAGGAUUCUUGAGAUUUAAAGGGAUCUUUUCCAUGAUGAAUAUAUUAUCUGUAUAUGAUGCCAUUACUGUAUGUGCCAUGCUGUUUGUUUGUGAGCCAGUGCACUAUGGAAGUUGAGAGUGAAAAAGGGUCCUGUUUAGUUUAUGUGAUAGAUUAAAUAGCAUUGGUUGGUAUGAGUUUUUUUUUAAAUCACAAAAUAUUUGAAAUUUGAAAUAUCUUCUAACUUUUGCAGUUUUGGGGGAUGUCAUUUUUGUUUAUAGUAGAAGUCUGUGACUGAAUGAAUGAUAAAAGAUAAAGGGAAUAGAUAGGAGCUACAGGAACACUUGUAGUGAAAGGCAUUUGGAUAGUGGAAAAAAAGAA